CCCAUGUGCUAUCAAGUCUCACCAGAUAUAUAUACCCUUAACUCUUCCAUUUUACCUGCUGUUAGCAUCAUUCCAAUUCAUCUCAUUUCUAUUCACACCAUAUUCUUCAUCUUCAUCUUCUUCUUCUCCUCUCUCUUUCUCUCUCUACUGAAACGAUGCCGUUAGCUCUGGAAACCGAUCGAGGACUUGGCCUCAGAAGGUCCAGAUUCAUCCCCUGCGACUCGAUCUACGAUGAGGAUAUUCCGGAGGAGGAUUCCGACUGCAGCGACGCCUCCUCCAUCGGAAGGAACAGUGUCUCGUCGGAUGACGACUCCGACCGGGAAGACUCCGGCGAGGUUGAGGAACAGAGCACGUUCAAAAGCCCCUUAGAUACCAUGAAUGAUUUGGAAGAGGAGUUACCCCUCAAGAAAGGCAUAUCCAAGUUUUAUAACGGUAAAUCGAAGUCCUACACAAGCUUAGCAGAUGCCGCAGCUGUAACAUCCGUGCAACAAAUGGCAAAGCCAGAGGACCCUUAUGCCAAAAAACGAAAGGAUCUGCUUGCCCGCAACAUGUUAAUUGCGAGGAGUCGUAGUUGUGCGUAUAAUCUUGGUGGAAUUUCGAAGCGAUCAGCUAACAUAGGUGGAGGAAAAUCAUGUCUUAAUUUGAGCAGCAGUGAGGAGGGGCAAAGCAGCGCCACAUCAUUAUCUCCACCUUUCCCUCUUCCACCUCUUCAUCCUCAUCCACAUGCUCAUAGUAAUAAGGCAUCUGCAAACAAAUCACAACCUCCUCCUCCUUGGAGGACAUACUCUUGGUCUGAUCUGCAUUCUGUUGUUGCUGAGGUUCAUGAGAUAUCUGGCUUGGCAAUUUGUAGUGGAAACGAUGGCAAUAAAGUACACUGAAUUUCUUACAAAUUUUAACUUUUAAGUUUCAUAGCAUGUAGUUUCUAGUUCACAUUCGAGUUUGUUUGUAAUGGGAGAAGUACUUUGUGCAAACUUUGUCUUAACAUUAUAUGGUACUCACUAGGGUGAUGUUGUAUAUUAUAAAUAGUUCAAACUUCAAAACUUUCUGUUAUCUAUGAGUCGUGGAAGCCUC